CCUUGUGUUUUGCUGGGAGUAUCUUUCCCAGACCCGAAGCAGAGCUCUGUGUCGCUCGGAAAGCUUGUUUCUUUCACCAGCCGACGUUUGGUCCAAUGAAAGGCAUGAUCUCACCCACCUCGUCUCUUUAAUAGCCGGGGACUGACACAGCUAGCACUGCUGAUUCAACACUCAUUUACUCAGGAAACAGCUAAAACAUGGCCAAAAUGACUAACUUGGAAGAAGCUGAAGUACAACUUUCUGAGUUAGACCUGCUUUCUAGUAUGUUUCCUGAUGAAGAUGAGUUUGUUGUGACUGACCAGCUGGCUGUAGCAGAACUAAAACAGUAUAUUGAUAAUAAGACUUCAGAGAUCCCAUCUUCAAAAGUUCAGUUUACACUGAAUGUAAAGCAAGAGGUUGCUGAUGCCACUAUGGUAAUGCUUUCUUUAUCCUGUGCUUUACCAUUUAACUACCCAGCUGUUCUACCAGAAAUUACUGUCAGGUCACCGUCAUUAAGCCGAUCACAGCAGAUUCAUCUGAACACAGAUCUAAAAACAUACUUGAAGAGAAACUGCAGUGGUGAAGUCUGUAUAUUAAAUGCAAGAGAAUGGGUUAAAGAUCAAGCAGCUGCUUAUAUCAAUAAGGAGCUUUCAUCUUCCUCAGUGAUGACAUUAAGGAGUAUGCAGUCAGAAGAUGUCAUUUUCACUAGAUUGUGGAUCUAUAGUCAUCACAUCUACAACAAGCAUAAAAGAAAGAAUAUUGUUGAUUGGUCUAAGGAGCUCGCUCUGUCGGGGUUUAGCAUGCCUGGGAAACCAGGUGUUGUUUGUGUAGAAGGCCCACAGAGUGCUUGUGAAGAAUUCUGGUCAAGAAUCAGAAGAUUAACAUGGCGUAGAAUUUUAAUUCGCCAUAGAGAGGAUAUUCCAAUGGAGGGGUCACAUGGUGAGAUGCAGAAACAAAGAAAAUUCUCAUCUUUUGAAGAAAAAGUAUUUGAUGCGCAUGGUACCAGAGGAAAGCAUAUGGAUCUGGGGCAGCUGUAUCAUUUUUUAGAUGAAAAGGGGUGUGCUGAUGUUUUUCAGAUGUACUUUGGAGUUGAAGGAUGUUAGAUCAGCAAGGAUCCAAUCAAUGAACUUGAAAAAUUAUGUGACAGUCUUGGAUAAAUUAUUCUUUUUCCCUCUGAAAUAGUUGAUCAGUGAGGGAAAUGAAUACUUUUGCUUUAUAAGAUGAAUUCAGUUUUCUGUGAAAACGAAUUUUCUUUUAAAUAAUGGUCGUGAAAAUGACUACAUGAAUGCUUUAAUAUAAACAUAUUUUAAAGGGAAAGAUAUAAUGAUGCAAAUUACAAAGACAACAACAAUAAACCAACAACAACUUUUUGAGAGAUGCUGUAUACUAUUUAUGAUCUGAAUGAUUAAAACUUCAUUUUGGAGAAGUUGAUUAUAUCUAUGUAAUAUAGUAAAAAAGAUCCAAACAUGGGUGUGUGAUUUUCCAAUAAUUACAGUUAUUUUAAGCAGGCAUCUCUGGAAAGAAAUGUCUUUUUACAUUAUUACACUGUAUUUACAAACACUAUCAGCA